AUGCUUAAGAAUCGAAUAAUUGAGUAUGAAUUAUUCAGAGCUAUUUUAUCUAAUGAUGUUUAUGUUCUUCAUCCCAAUUUAUCUGCUUCAGAUCGUGAACAGGAGUGGAAUUCUCAUCCUAUAGUGGCCAAAUUCCUUGAUACAACUGUUAAUACUAAUAGACUAUAUGGAAAUUUUGUCAUUCAUGAACUUUAUCUAGAGAAUAAUACUGAUAAAUCAGUACCAGAAACUCAUAUAGUUAUUAUUCAUGGGUUUAUGGCAGCAUUGGGAUAUUUCCUUAAGAAUGUCGAAGCUCUAAUAAAAUCAAAACCAGGUGUACGUCUUCAUGUUAUUGACUUACCAGGAUUUGGGAACUCAUCUCGGCCACAAUUCCCAACUGAAUUUCUUAAUGAACCACCAACAACUCAUGCUAAAAUAAAUCAAAUUAUUGACGUAGAAAAUUGGUUUAUUGAUCAAAUAGAAAAUUGGCGUAUUAAGAGAAAUAUUCCUAGUUUUAAACUUAUUGGUCAUUCUAUGGGUGCAUAUCUUUCAAGUUGUUAUCUUAUGAAAUAUAAUAAUGGUUUGACCAAUAACAUAGUCGAGGAAUUUAUUGUGGUUAGUCCCAUGGGGACAGAAUCGAGUUCCAAUAGUUUAAUUAGUGAUAAGAAAUAUGAAUUUAAUACUCAUGAAGCUGCUGGUGAUCCAUUUCAGGAAUUAGAUGUUUUCCAUAGUAAUUCUGCAAUUGAAGAGUUAUGGAAUGAAUUAGGAAGACCUAAAUUUCCUCAAAAUUCAGUGUUAAGGACAUUAUGGAGAUUUCAUGUUUCUCCAUUCCAGGUAUUACAAUACUUUGGACCUUUCUAUUCAAAAAUCUUAUCUUAUUGGUCAUUCCGAAGAUUUAGGAAUCUUAAGAAUGCUGAAUUAAUCUUAAAACUUCAUAAUUACUCAUAUUCAAUUUUUAAUCAAUAUACUGGAUCUGGAGAAUUAGCCAUCACUAAAUUUAUUAGUUGUGAAGUAUUGGCAAAAUUGCCAUUAGGAGAUCGAGGAUUUGUAGAUUACUUAACCAAAAAUAAAGUCAAGACUCUUUGGCUUUAUGGAGAUAAAGAUUGGAUGAAUCUGAAAGGGGGAAAAUACAUUGCUGAUAAGUUAAAAUCUAUAGAUCCCCAAAUUGCUGAAUUCAAAAUCAUUGAUAAUGCUGGACAUCAUAUCUAUUUGGAUAAUCCCGAUAGAUUUAAUAAAGAGGCAAUAAACUACUUUAAUUUGUUAUAG